AAACUAUGGAGUUUUAAUUUGUCCAUUAGACAAAACUAUUUUGAAUUCUGAGAAGAUUUUUCCUGAUAAAUUUACUGAAAGAGCUAUUCUGCAAUUAAAAGUUAAAUGUGAUAACUUUUUAAAAAGUUGUCAAUGGACCGGCGAACUAAAAACAAUUAAUAACCAUUUAACCUCUUGUGAAUAUCAAGAAGUAAAUUGCCUCAAUGAACAAUGCUCUGCUACACUUUUGCGUAAAGAACUAAGUGACCACAUGGAAAAUCAUUGCAUUUAUCGUUUGGUUACCUGUAGAUAUUGCAAAGAAAAGAUUAAUUUUUUUGACAAUCAAAGUCAUGAAGAAAACUGCGAAUGUUUACCUCUUUGUUGUUUAAAUCAAUGUGGUAUGGAAAUUUUGCGUAAAGAGAUGUCUUCCCAUAUUACUGAUAGUUGCGCUAAUACAAUUAUUCCAUGUCAGUAUUUGAAUAUUGGAUGCAAAUUUAAGGUAAGAAAAUAAGUUUUGAAAAAUUUAAAGUUUUUUUAUACUUUAAAAAAUAAAAUUGUAUAAAAU